UUCUUUUAAAUUUGAUUAAAUCUCUUGAAUGAUUUGUAAAAUCUACUCAGUGAUUUAAGAAAAUAUCGACCCUUAUUCUGUGCCAUCACAUCUAAAAGUACUUCCCGAACAUCGAACACUGAAUCAUUAUCUCGAUUUGAUUUGGCCCGUUUGAUAAUCACCAACUAUGGAUUCGAUAUUCUCCUCCAUGUGACCUGUUCAGAUUUAAUGGAUUCCGAUCAGGGUAGAAAAUUCCUACAAGAAGCUAAAAACUGUGGAAUCAAGUAUAUUUUUGCUUUGCGAGGUGACGAUUUAGAUGAAUCAACGGAACGGGAAUUCAAUCAUGCCAUUGAUAUCGUUAGAUUUAUUCGAGCCGAGUUUCCAAACGAUUUUGUCGUCGCGGUCGCUGGUUAUCCAAAUGGUCAUCCAUCGGUAUCAUCCCUUACUGAAGAUGUUAAAUACUUAAAGGCCAAAGUUGACGCUGGUGCUGAUCUAAUAAUAAGCCAAUUUUUUUUCAAUGUUGAUGUUUUUGCCCAAUGGGUUAGACUCUGUCGAUCAGCUGAUAUAAAAGCUCCCAUUUUACCGGAAAUAUUUACCUUUCCAUCUUAUCGAUCUUUUACCCGAAUGAUGAAAACAAUCCAAGUUCCGAUCUGUAAUCAACUGGAAUCGAAAAUUGAAAAUAUUUCAAAUUGUGAUCAACAAAUUAAACAAUUAAUUAGAGCAACACAUUUAUGAAGCAAAUCAAAUCCA